AUGAUGCUUCUGUUUGUCGUAUCUCUGUGUUUGACUUUGGGAUCAGUCCAGAGCCAAGGUUCUUCCCAGGAUGCUUUCAUAAUCCAGUACCUGGAGAGAAGACUCGCUCAGGUGGAGGAGCGUCUGAAUCAGUGUGAGCAAAACACACUGAGCGUCACCCAGAAAACCUACGACCUGUCCUCUGAGAUCAGGGGUUAUCAGUCCACGCUCAGCAUGCUGAGGUCAGAAGUGAAGAGCCAGAUGGACAGUGUGUCUGCACGUGUUGAGCGGGUGGAGGGAGAGCUGGAGUAUUUGGAAAAUAAAAUUCCCACUCAGUCUGACAUUGAGAUGGAGGAGGCGCUGCUGGAACAACAGAUAAAGGCUGCAGAACUGGAGCAGAUCAAAACGAAGGCCAAGCUGAACGUAGAGAACGACUGCAGCACAGCUGUGAGUCAAAUCAAGUCCCUGAAGAUUGUGAAGAAGGCAGGAGACCCAAACGGUUCCUGGUUUAAGGACCCGUCUGAAGGAUCAGCUAAGGUGUACCUGCUCAGUGGGCUUCGUAACAACACCGUUCUGGAGUUUUCAUCUCUUGAGAACUUUGCAAAGACUUCUUCUCUUCCAGCCAAGGUGCUGCAGCUGCCUUUUUCCUGGCACGGCACAGGUCACGUGGUCUAUAACGGAUUCCUAUAUUACCACAAAGCAGAUACACCCAACCAAAUAUUGAAGGUGGAUCUACUGAACGGUACUGUAGUGGAUAGCACUCUGCUUCCAGGAGCAGGUCGUCUUCCCGUCUACAGUCUGAAUCCCAACACCUACCUGGACAUGGCUGUUGAUGAGCUCGGCCUCUGGGUUAUUCAUGCUGACCCUGAGUACGGAGGCAACCUGGUCAUUACCAAACUGGAUAAAGAAACGUUGGCUGUGGAGUAUACCUGGGAUACCCAGUGCAGAAGCAGGGAUGCUGAAGGAGCCUUCCUGAUGUGUGGGACCCUUUAUGUGGUUUACAACACACGCUUUGGAGGACGCUCCACCAUCCAGUGUCUGUACGACAUCCAUGACACCAUCCACAGCAAUGAGAGUCCAGUGAUGUUCUUCCCAAAGCGCUACACCAGCCACAGCAGCAUCCAUUAUCACCCCGGAGACAAAGAGCUGUAUGCGUGGGACGACGGCUACCAGACAGUUUACAAAGUGGAGACACGCAUCACUGAUAAAUCUGUUGCAGAGUAA